AUGCUACAGCAGCUGCCGGAGUUCGCAGGAUGCGAGGUGAUGCGAAGUCGACAGCAGAGGAUCCUGUCCGAGAUGGACAUCGUCGUGGAUGUCGGUGAUGUCUACGAUCCUGGCCAGCUGCGCUUCGACCAUCACCAGCGAGGUUUCUUCGAAACUGCAGAUGGCAUCCCUGGCGCAGCCAAAGGACCGGAGGAGGCAACUGGCCGUUGGAAGACUAGACUAUCGUCCAGCGGCCUGGUGUACAAGCACUUCGGGCGGGAUCUGAUCCGGCAGCUGGCAGCGACAGAUGCCGAGAGCACCGAGCUUGUUUGGGCUGAGGUCUAUGAUAGGUUCGUCGAGUGCAUCGAUGCCAUUGACAACGGGGUCGAGAUGUGCGCUGAGGGCAUCCCUCGCUUCCAGGACUGCACAGGCCUUUCUGCACGUGUCGCCCGGCUGAAUCCUCGCUGGAAUGAGGCGUGCGAUGACGAAAUCUUGCAGCAUCGCUUCGAGGCUGCGUCAGCUAUGUGUGGUUCAGAGUUCCUGGAGGUCCUCAGCGACGUCGUGGGGUCCUGGCUUCCGGCACGCGCCUGCGUGGCCGCGGCGAUGGCAGCACGUGAGGAAGUUCACAGCUCCGGACAGGUCCUCAGACUCGACUCCGGAAAGAUUCCAUGGAGGAGUCACAUCUUUGACCUGGAGCGUGAACUUUGCCUUGAGGGUCACAUCAAAUUUAUCGCCUUGUCGCUGCUGCCGUUACUAUUAUUUAACUUCGGGGUAAAAGCCGGUCUACCCGGAGGAGCCGUGGCUGGCAAAGUCAUGGAUUCUUUGGGCGGAUGUUGCAACGAGGACCUCUUCCGGGUACGGGCGGUUCCCAUCGAAGGUCGUUUCUUUACGAAUCGCCUCUCUCUGCCAGAGUCUUGGCGAGGCCUGCGGGACGAUGCUUUGGUGAAAGCCAGUGGAAUCGAAGGAUCCUGUUUCGCCCAUGUCAACGGCUUCAUCGGAGGGAACUACACUCUUGAGGGAGCUCUUGCCAUGGCAGAUGCUAGCUUGCGAUCGCCUCUCUCCCCCUUUGUCCGAGCUUCCGUGUGCCACGCUGUUGGCUUUGCUGGCGGCGGCGGCUUCGGUGGCACCGCCAUGCGCUAUUUCUUGUCCGCGCUCCACGGCUACUGCUUCGGCUCCUUGGAGGAAGGCUAUUGCAUCUACGUCCUGGCCGUGAAGCCCACCUUCAUUCAGACACGUCUGGCCGUUUUGGACACUUUCCCCAGCCUGAAGAAUCAGGAAUCUUGGCCCCUUGAACUGGCUUCCGUCUUUCUGUACGACAGGCGGCGUGCCCUCGAUUUGGAGUCCUUUGACCUUGCAGCAGCGGAUGCAGCCAUCCUGGCGUCCCCAAGAUCAAGGCCGAAUCACAGGGCCAUCGUCCAAGUCAAAACAAGAGUGACACUGAUCUGGUGCUCCGGCAGUGGGCAUUGCCGCGACCUCGUGCUGCACUUCUGUGAUCUUGUAGACCCUGACACGGAGAUGGACCACCUGUUACCGGUGGAUCCAAGUGUCCGCUUCGAGGGUACAGUGGUAGAGAAGAGCGCCGUGCUGGCAUCUAAGCAGGCACCCCUGAUGCUGGUGUGCAGGACACGGCACAACCAGCUGCACGGAUCCUUGGCUCACAGCCCGGCGACCUCGCCGUCACGGUCCAACCAGGCAGCAGGGAGACACGGCGAACAGGUCCUGGAGAAGUACUUGCUGAAGGUCGGCGAUGACCUUCGUCAGGAUCAGCUGGUGAUUCAGCUGAUGGAUGAGAGAACGUCAGGCUCAGAGAUGAUGGAGCUGCAUCCUGCGGCACAGGCAUUGCUUGAAAGUGGUCACCUUGAGACACUGCCGGAGUACUCGGAUAUCCUGGCCGCAGUGGGGGCCCGGAGGUGCUGGGAAGCCGGAUUAGAUGUUUGGAGCCGUCUUGUUCGAAGCCCUCGCCGCCUUCGGCCAGAUGUAAAAGCCUUGAACACAGCGCUGAGGGUCCUGGGCAACGCUGCGCAGUGGGAGCAUGCUCUGGCUUUGCUUGCUUCGGCUGCCGCCUCUGGAGUGCAGCCGAAUGUGGAAUCGCUCCAUCACACUUUGACAGCUCUGGGCGAAGGCAGACAGUGGCAGGCCGCCCUGUCUCGUUUAUGGGCGGAGAGCGAGUUCAAUUUACCGGACGUGUCGUGCUAUGGUGCUGCCAUUAAAGCCCUCAGCAGCAGCGGGGAGCAUCAUCAGACAUUGUGGUUGUUACAUGAUGUGGAAACUGUUCAGCUACGGCCUGAUACGCAGACCUAUGCUGCUGCGAUUCUUUCCUGUGCUGAGCUAGGUGAGUGGCAGCGGGCACUCGCCUUCUUGGACUACAUGCCUCAGGUCGGGCUGAGUCCCAACUCCUUCUGCACUCUACAUGCUAUGCAAGCAUGUGCCAACUCCGGACAAUGGGACAAGGUCCUCUCUCUUUUUGACGAAAUGCAGGACUCUUCGCUGACAAGGCCCGUGAAAGCCUUCGGCUUGUCCCUCGAAGUCUGCAAAGCAACCGGCAACUGGGAGCGCGCGCUGCUCAUCUUCGAGGAAUUCAUAGGCAAAGGUGGCAUCUUAGAGGAGGACCUGGUGGAACCCCUCUUGAAGACUUGCCUUGCCUCUAAACAACAAGAGAGAGUGCGAGAGUUCUUGAUAGAGUGGGACAAACUCGGGUUCCUCCCCAGCUAUUCCUUGAGCAGAUACGUGGCCGACAAUUCCUGA